AUGGAGCUGCUGGUUCUGCACCAGCCGACCUCACUGGUGGACUCUUGCUGCAAUAACUGCAUCUCGGUGUCAAGUGGUCAACAACAGACUGUCUUCCAGCCACGGAAACGUGGCCAAGCAGGCAAGCAUGACGAGACCUGUACUGUGGGGUGCCUGCAACGGCAGUGUAUUUUUUUUUGUUUCCUGCUGUUGUUGGACAGACUUAGAAAGCUAGAAGCAGCAUUGCAAGCUAAUUCUUUUUCCCUCUCUCUGUGUCUGCAGAAACUUGAAGGGUCUAAGUGCAAAGGGCAGCUUUUGAUUUUUGGGGCAACCAACUGGGACUUGAUUGGUCGAAAAGAAGUGCCUAAGCAACAAGCUGCCUACCGCAAUCUGGGUCAGAAUUUGUGGGGGCCCCACAGAUAUGGGUGCCUGUCGGGGGUCCGGGUGCGGACGGUGGUUUCGGGGUCGUGCGCUGCCCACAGCCUCCUCAUCACCACGGAAGGGAAGCUGUGGAGCUGGGGUCGAAAUGAGAAGGGGCAGCUUGGACACGGUGACACCAAGAGAGUUGAAGCCCCCAGACUCAUCGAGGGUCUCAGCCAUGAAGUGAUUGUGUCGGCGGCCUGUGGGCGGAACCACACCCUGGCCUUGACGGAGACAGGCUCCGUGUUUGCAUUUGGCGAGAACAAGAUGGGGCAGCUGGGCCUUGGCAACCAGACGGACGCCGUCCCGAGCCCCGCGCAGAUAAUGUACAACGGCCAGCCAAUUACCAAAAUGGCCUGCGGGGCUGAAUUCAGCAUGAUAAUGGAUUGCAAGGGAAACCUCUAUUCCUUUGGGUGCCCUGAAUAUGGUCAGCUUGGACACAACUCGGACGGGAAGUUCAUUGCCCGGGCGCAGCGGAUAGAGUACGACUGCGAGCUGGUGCCCCGACGAGUGGCCAUCUUCAUCGAGAAGACGAAAGAUGGGCAGAUUCUUCCGGUGCCCAACGUGGUUGUACGAGAUGUGGCUUGUGGCGCUAACCACACGCUGGUCCUCGACUCCCAGAAGCGCGUCUUCUCCUGGGGCUUUGGCGGCUACGGCCGGCUGGGCCACGCAGAGCAGAAGGACGAGAUGGUCCCCCGCCUGGUGAAGCUGUUCGACUUCCCCGGGCGCGGGGCCACCCAGAUCUAUGCUGGCUACACCUGCUCCUUCGCUGUCAGUGAAGUGGGUGGUCUGUUUUUCUGGGGGGCCACCAACACGUCCCGUGAAUCUACCAUGUAUCCGAAGGCCGUGCAGGACCUCUGUGGCUGGAGAAUCCGGAGCCUGGCUUGUGGGAAGAGCAGCAUCAUCGUGGCUGCGGAUGAGAGCACAAUCAGCUGGGGCCCCUCGCCCACCUUCGGGGAACUGGGCUACGGGGACCACAAGCCCAAGUCUUCCACUGCAGCUCAAGAGGUGAAGACGCUGGACGGCAUUUUCACAGAGCAGGUCGCCAUGGGCUACUCGCACUCCUUGGUGAUAGCAAGAGAUGAAAGUGAGACCGAGAAGGAGAAGAUCAAGAAACUGCCAGAGUAUAACCCCCGCACCCUCUGACUGUCCCGGGGCCUCCACCUCCACACCUCUCGCGGCAGCUGUCAUUUCCAUGUGCACUGGGACGGAAGUCAAACGAGGAAGUUAAACGAGCAAAAGUUGACUGAAGGUGCAUUUUUGUUAGACUCCCUGAGGUUCCGUUUUAUAAGUGAUUCAACGUCAACUACCUUUUCUGUAUGCUCUCCAAAGUGUUUUUCCUCUCAAUGUUUAAUUAAAAUAUUUGCUCAUAGUUGACUUACCAUUCCUACAAGAGGCAGAAACUUUGAGCAAUCCAGGUUUGGUUUUUUUUUUUAAGCUCCCCCUUUUCCCCCCAAUAUACUUCUCAAAACUCUCCUUUCCAAUUGUAAACAGCAUUGUGAUCGGACUGGGUGCUACCUAGGAGAGGAGUCACCAUUUACUCAGAAAAAAAAUGUCCUUUUUGGAAACCUGCAGCAUUUUUGGCAAAGAGGGUCCCUGGUGGUCCGUCUCUAUCCAAAAUCAUACCCAUAUGCUUUGGAAGCAUCUGGGUCCCUCCCUUCCCGCUUUUUCUUGUAGACUGGCUGAGGCCGGCCUUGGUUCUGUUCUCCCCUUGGCUGCUUGUAAGCCCCACCCACCGCCUUUUGGCUGCAACAUUAUUAGAAUCUGCCGUUUCCCCCCUGGUGGGGGCUCUGGGGUAUGUGUUUAGCCAUUUAUAUCUACUUUAUCUGUAAAUGAAGUCCAAGUGAAAAAAAUCAGGUGAUCAUGGAACCAGUGGGGGCCCGAGGGGGUGGGCAGUCGUGGGGAUAUUGUAUCUGGUUCAAAAACCAGCUUUAAGGUUCCUCUGAGGAGCCAGGGCCACCUCGCCAGCACUCGCCAUUAGAGAUUGAUCAGCCAGCAGUGAAAAGUGCAUUCUGGAGUCCUUGGAAGGAGGACCAGCCCUUAUGUACCAGCCUUUAGCGCCUCUGUGCUUGUUUUUAUCACACUCCCCCAGCCCCCACCGCUGGAUUCGGCUGGAAUAGCCCGGUCUGUUUCUGAGACUCGGGUUCCAGUUCUGCUAACCCAGCUCUCUAGUCACAUUUGCUUGGCUGUGGUACCAAAUAGAUGGGAUCAAGAAGCCCCCCUUCCCCAAGUGUCAGCGCAGAUGCCAUGACUGCCAGCCACCUCCCCACCAAGUGCCCUCUGCCCGAGCUCGUCCCCAGCGUGGCGCUGCUCUGUGUGAGUUACGAGGUGCCUUUCCCGGAACCCUCCUCUCACUUGGACCCAGCUCUGGCUGGGGCUCUUGGUUUCGAGAGGGUCUGGACUGGUUUGGGUGCUUUAAAAUAGAUUUUUUUAGUUCAGUGGUGCUUCUGAGGGAGAUGGGGGUAGAACUUCAGUGUGAGACUUGGGUGGAUGGGAAAGUUCAAUAUUGGUCUUUUUUAAUUUUUUGCUUUGCUAUUGUUACCACUUGUCAUUGUCUUGAUGUUAAAAUGCCAAAAAUGAUCCAGUUGUUGCUUUUUCCCACUCGUCCUCUGUCCCUCCUUAAGGUAGCUUCUGCCUUCGCAGGGCACAUAACAGGCUUUAUCUGGGCCAGUCCCAAGGCCUUGCGUGAGGGGACCGGGCUGUAUCUAAGACUUAGUCUGACUUCAUGCUCAUCUCUGCUGUCCUGGGUUCAGUCUGUAGUCCAGGGGAGAAGCUUCUGCCACUUCAGAGCUUCUGCUAAACUAACCUGAUUUGUCCAAGUCACCCCAAAGCCACCAUCUCUUAACUCAAGCUUCCUUAUGUGGGACCCGUUUCCCUGGACAAGUCUCUUUCCUGGAGUGGGAUUAGGUGCCUGUGCUCCUCGGACCCGCACAGCCUCCCUUGGGUCGUGCAGUUGCCGAGCGAGUGGUGGGAGCAGUAGCCGGGGUCCUGGCUGUUGUACCGUUGGCCAAGCAGGGCUUCGAUCUUCCAAUGGACUAAUCUGAAGCCCACCGCCAGCCGAUUCUGGGACCCCUGGCCAGGGACGAGCAGGACAGGGAUGUACCUUCCUAGUGAAGUUCCGCCCUCUUCUCUCCCACAAUCACUCCUUCUGGCUUGGAGUUUGGGCAUGAACUUCCUAGUGGGGAAAACCCCGUAGAACGGGUGGGGUGGUGGCCUGCACUCCAAGAGAAAGACAAAGUGACCGAGCUGAGACAGUGCUUGGCGUUGACCUUUGGGGCGUUUGCCAUGUCUUCCAGCUCAGGAAGGAGAAUUUGGAAGAAGAGGCUGAGAGUGAAGGGGAAUCUAAGCGGAGGUUGUGAUUUGGUCGAAGGUGCCUGGUUUAGUGCUGUAAUUGUCUUAUUUUUUUUAUAUAUAUAUUUCUUGGAGUAAACAUUUUAAAUAAACGACAUCAUUGUUUACUCUG